AUUUUCUAUCUGUGGAAUUGAAGAAGAAGAAAGAAAGAGAGAGAGAUGAGGACAUUGGGCAGAAAAUGGAAUCGACCUGGUGCUGGUAGCAUCGAUGCAACUGGCGAAGAAGAUGAUAAGUUCUCACUUCCUACUUAUGAUGAUUCUCGCCCCUUGGACACACAAGAACAGGAAGAGUUGAUUCGAUCAUUUGAAAAGAGCCAAGCUCAACAAUCUCGAUCGUGGCGUAGAGUGUUCGCCGUUUUACUCUUUUGCUUUGCCGCUUUCCUCAUUUAUUCAAUCUAUCAGCAGGCUUCAUCUCCUUGGGAACUGCGUUAUCAUGCUUACUUCAUGGAAGAGGUUCCAUCAUGGACUGUUAUAUCUGCAGAUUGGGCAGCUGUUUUGGUAUCAUCAAUAACUAUAAUUGGAUUGCUUGACAAAUCAAAGGGUCAUAGGAGAUGGCUUCAAUACUCUUGCUUUGGUGGUUUCUUACUAACAGUGUUCUGGUUAUAUCACAUGUUAAGAUUGCCAAGAUUCAGGUGGGAUGUCAUCUGGUUGCCCUUUGGGCCUUUGAGUGGAGCCGGGAUAGGUCUUUAUGUGGACAGUUUGCUGGAAGAAUCCUCUGAAGAAAUAAAGAGGCUGAGAGGAUACAUGUAUGCUUAUAAAGCCAGGUAAAUAGUUCUUUCAAGUUGGAAUUUGGAAUGGGGUUUUUAUGAGAAAGGUUAUCGCAAGAAGAACUGGUUGUAAUUGUUUUUUUGACCCUUAUAUUGUAAAAAUUUUCUUGUAAUAAAGAAGUUUUUUCCUU